GCGGCGCCGCCCCCGCGCCGCAGCGUUUAAAGAUGGCGGCGGGCGGCGGCGGGGCCUGGGCGCCCCCCGGGCGCGGGCGCUUCCCGGCGCGGCCCGGCCGCGGCGGCGCCGCCUCCGCCUGGUCCCGGCCGGGCUCGGCCUCGGGCUCCGGUUCGGCCUCGGGCUGCGGCCCCGGGCGGCCGCGGGCGCCGCUGGUGCGGGGCGAGCGGCCUCGCGGCGGCCCCGACGCGGCUCUCCGCGCCCUGCUCGGCCUCGCCGGGGGCCUCCGGCGCCUGCGGGCGCUGCUGGGCGGCGGCGGCGACGAGGAGGAGCCGGAGGAGUUUCGGGGCUUCCUGCCCGAGGAGGCGGCGCCCGGGCCCCUCCCCCGCCCGGCCCGGCGCUCCGCUCGAGGCGUCCGCCCGGCGCCCUCCCCUCCCCGCGACGACAUCAGCGGUGACAUCAGCGGUGACGUCAGCGGUGAGGUCAGCGCGGCCCGGGGGCGGCCCCGGAGGGGGGGCGGCGGCGGCCGUUGCCGGGGGCGACGCCCGGGGGCCCCGGCGUCUCCCAGCAGCCCCCGGGGCGGGCGGCGGCAGCGGCGGCGGCAGCAGCAACAACGUCCCCCCGCCCCCGGCGAGGGGCCCAGGCGUCCCCCGCGGCGGCCCCGGGCCUUCGUGCUGCCCCCGGUCAGCGCCCGCUCGGCCCGGCCCCUCCGGCCCCCCCGCCGCUUCCUCUCCGAGCCCGCGGGGACGGCGACGGGGACGGGGACGGGGACGGGGACACCCCCCCGGGGGCCGUCAGGACGUGGGGACGGGGUGCCACCGCCCCGGGGGACGUCGAGACGCGGGGACGGGGUGACGUCAGCUCAACGGGAGCUGUUGACACGUGGGGACGGGGUGACGUCAGCUCAACGGGAGCCGUUGGCACGUGGGGACGAGGUGCCACCACCCCGGGGGACAUCGAGACGUGGGGACGGGGUGACGUCACCUCAACGGGAGCUGUUGAUACGUGGGGAUGGGGUGACGUCACCUCAACGGGAGCCAUCGGCACGUGGGGACGAGGUGCCACCGCCCCGGGGGACGUCAAGACACGGGGACGGGGUGACGUCAGCUCAACGGGAGCCGUCGGCACGUGGGGACGAGGUGCCACCGCCCCAGGGGACGUCAAGACGCGGGGACGGGGUGACGUCAGCUCAACGGGAGCUGUUGACACGCGGGGACGGGGUGACGUCACCUCAACGUGAGCCGUUGACAUGUGAGGACGAGGUGCCACCACCCCGGGGGACAUCGAGACGCGGGGACGGGGUGACGUCACCUCAACGGGAGCCGUUGGCACGUGGGGACGAGGUGCCACCACCCCGGGGGACGUCAAGACGCGGGGACGGGGUGACGUCACCUGAACGUGAGACGUUGGCACGUGGGGAUGAGGUGACGUCACCUCAACGGGAGCCGUCAGCACGUGGGGACGAGGUGCCACCGCCCCGGGGGACGUCAAGACGUGGGGACGGGGUGACGUCACCUCAACGGGAGGCGUCGUCACAUGGGGACGAGGUGCCACCACCCCGGGGGACAGCGGCGCACGGGGACGGGGUGACGCCAACCCGGGAGGAGCCAUCGGCACGGGUUGAGGUGCCACCACCACCCCGGGGACCAUCAAGACGUGGGGACGGGGUGACGUCACCUCAAGACGGCCAAUCGGCACGUGGGGACGGGGUGCCACCACCCCGGGGGCCAUCAGGACGUGGGGACGGGGUGACGUCACCUCAAGACGGCCAAUCGGCACGUGGGGACGGGGUGCCACCACCCCGGGGGCCAUCAGGACGUGGGGACGGGGUGACAUCACCUCAACGGGAGCCAUCGGCACGCGGGGACACGGUGCCACCACCCUGGGAGGAGCCGUUGACACGCGUUGAGGUGCCACUGCCACCCCGGGGGCCAUCAAGACGUGGGGACGGGGUGCCACCACCCCGGGGGCCAUCAGGACGUGGGGACGGGGUGACGUCACCCCAAGAGGAGCCCUCGGCACGCGGGGACACGGUGCCACCGCCCCAAGACCCGUCAACGCACGCGGACGAGGUGCCACCACCUCAGCGUGAGCCACCGGCACGGGUUGAGGUGCCACCACCAUCGCGGGAGCCAUCAAGACGUGGGGACGGGGUGACGCCACCUCGAGACGACCAAUCGGCACGUGGGGACGAGGUGCCACCACCCCAAGAGGAGCCAUUGACGCGGUUGGAGGUGCCGCCACCCCGAAAGGAGCCAUUGACUCGUAGGGACGAGGUGCCACCGCCCCAGGACAAGCCGUUGACACGUGGGGACGAGGUGCCACCGCCUCGAGAUGACCAACCGGCACGUGGGGACGAGGUGGCACCACCCCAGGAGCCAUUGAUACGUGGGGACGGGGUGCCGCCACCUCCAGGUGACCAAUCAGGACGCGGGGACGGGGUGCCGCCACCUCGAGAUGACCAAUCAGGACGCGGGGACGAGGUGCCGCCACCCCGGGACAAGCGGCUGCUUCGCAGGAGCAGAGUGUCACCGCUCGAGGACGAGGUGCCACCGCCCUGGAAGAAGGUGACAACCCGCAGGGACAAGGUGCCACCGUCCCGGGACAAGCGGCUGGCGCGCGGGGACGAGGUGCCGCCGCCCAGGGACGAGGUGUCACCACGUGGGGACGAGCCGGUGGCACCGGGUGACACCGCGCCGGCGGCGAAAUCGCCGGGAAAAGGGGACAAAACGCCCGGAAAAAGCCCUAAAUCGCCCCAAAACGGAGACGGAUCGUGGCGGAGAGGGGACGGGUCCCCCGCCAACGGGGCCGGGUCGCCCCGUAAUUGGGAGAAAUCCCUGCGGAAUUGGGUCAAAGCGUGCGGAAAACGGGACAAAUCGCCCGGCAGCGGCGCCGCAGCCCGCCGGAAUCGGGCCAAACCGCCCGGAAACGGGCAAAAACCGCCCGGAAACGGGCAAAACCGGCGCCGGGGCUGGAGAAGGUCCUCCAGGAUCUGGGACAGGUCGGGCAGGAGACGCGGCGGGCGGCGCGGAAACCAGGAGAAACGGCCCCAAAACGGCGACGGGGCCUCCGAAAACGGCGACGGGGCGGUGGAAAACGGGGAGAAACCGCUGGGAAACGGUGAAUUUCUGGAAAACGAGGAGGAAACGCCCGUAAACGGGGAGAAAUUGUUUGAAAUUGAGGAGAAAUCACCCGAAAAAGCUGAUGGACGGAGCAGAAAUGGGGAGGAAUCACCCCAAAACGGGGAGAAACUGCCCCAAAACGAGGAGAUUGACGAAAAUGUGGACAAAUUUGGGGACGGGACCAAAAAUCCCCCAAAAAGUGAUGAAUUGUGGCGAAACGGUGCCGAGUUGCCCCAAAAUGGCGCCGAAUCGCCCCAAAACGGGGCCGAGGUGACGCCGGGCUCGGUGGCCCCGUCGGUGGUGGCCCCCGGCCCGCGGCGCGCCAUCCUCCGUGCGGCCACCUUCCGCUGGACCUCGCCACGCCCCGUCGGGGACACCGCGGGGACGCUCGGGGACACCGCGGUGGCAGCCGGUGACGCCGUGGGGACGCUCGGAGCCACCCCGAGCUCCAAAGAGGCCCCCAAGGCCUUCAGGGCCGCCGUGGUGGCCCUCGGGGACGUCGCGGUGGCCCUGGAGGACGCGGCGGUGGCCCUCGGGGAUGCGGCGGUGGCCCUCGGGGACAGGGCGGUGGCCCGGGCCCCCCCCCGGCGUCCCCCGCUGCUGCGGGCGCCCCGCUUCACGGCCAGCGCCGCCCACCUGAAGAUCUACCAGUCGCUGCGGGCCACCGCCGGGGCCACCGAGGCCGGUCCCGAGGGCCCCCGGCGGCCCCCGGCCCCCGCCAACCACCUGGCCCUGCCCCAGUUCGCCAGUGACGUCAAGCUGGAGACCGGUGACGCCAACGGGGACAUCGCUGACCUCAACGUGGACACCAAAAGCGUCAGCCGGAGCGCUGGUGACGUCAACGUGGACACCAAACUCGUCAACGUGGACGCCAGAAGGGUCAAGCUGAGCGUUGGUGACGUCAAGCUGAGCGUUGGUGACAUCUACGUGGACGCCAGAGGCGUCACCCUGAGCGCUGGUGACGUCAACUUGGGCACCGAUGUCAACGCAGGUGCCGGUGACGUCAACGCGGACACCAAAGACGUCAAGCUGAGUGCUGGUGACGUCAAGCCGGACACCGACGUCAACACGGACGCUGGGGACAUCAAGAUGGCCACCAGCGACGUCAAGCUGAGUGGCGGCGAUGUCAACAUGGCUGGUGGUGAUGUCAAGCCGGGCACUGGUGACAUCAGCAUGGACACUGGUGAUGUCGACAGAGGUGGUGGUGACGUCAACUUGGGUGACGUCAAGCUGGGCACCAUCAAUGUCAACGUGGGUGGCACUGACGUCAAGCGGGGCAUCACCGACGUCAACUUGGGCGUCACCAACGUCAACGUGGAUGUCACCAACGUCAACCGGGGCACCACCGACGUCAACCGGGCCCUGACUGACGCCAACCUGGGCACCGACGUCAACCUGGGCAUCACCAACGUCAACGUGGGCGGCACCAACGUCAACCAGGGCACCACCAACGUCAACCAGGGCACCACCAAUGUCAACUGGGCCAUCGCCAACGUCAACCAGACCAUCGCCAACGUCAACGUGGGCGGCGCCGACGUCAACAUCGGCACCGACGUCAACCGGGGCAUCACCGACGUCAACGUGGGCAUCACCGACGUCAACGUUGACGGCGCCAACGUCAACCGGGACGUCGCCAACGUCAACCUGGGCGUCACCAACGUCAACCUGGGCGUCACCAACGUCAAGGCGGAGGCCGGUGACGUCAGGGCGGAGGCCGGUGACGUCGGCGGGGGGGCGGCGCUGGCCGGCAUCGACCGGGUCUACAGCCUGCUGAGCCGGGCCAAGGUGCAGCUCUUCAGCAUCGACCGGCGGCAGCAGCUGCGCCCCGCCCCGCGGUCGCCGGGGGAGGGGCCGGAGGGGCCCGAGGAGCCCGAGGACGACGGCGAGGAGCCGCGGCGGCAGGGCCCGCCGUCGCCGGGGCCCCGCGUGAAGCACGUGUGUCGCCACGCGGCCGUGGCGCUGGGCCAGGCCCGGGCCCUGCUGCCCCCCGAGGCGCCGCCGCGGCUCAGCGCCCUGCCCCCCCGCCGCCCCCGGCCCCCCCCAGAGACGUCUUCGGCCUCGGAGGACGAAGCAGAGGAGGCAGCGGCGGGGGGGGGCCGAGCCAAGCGGGGGCGGCCCGGACGCCUGGGCCCAGCGGCGCGCCGCCCCGCCGCCCCCCCGCCGCCCCCCCCGCCGCCCCCCCGGCGGAACCGGCGGAACCGGCGCUCGCGCUGCGGCCGCUGCCGAGGCUGCCGCACCCCCCGCGACUGCGCCGCCUGCGCCAACUGCCGCGACAAGCCCAAGUUCGGCGGCCCCAACACCAAGAAGCAGUGCUGCGUGUACCGCAAGUGCGACAAGAUCGAGGCGCGCAAGAUGGAGCGGCUGGCGCGGAAAGGCCGGGGCGCGUGGCGGGAGGCCUCGUCGUCGCCGUCGUCGCCGGAGGAGGAGGAGGAGGAGGCCGAGGCCGAGGCCGAAGGCGGGGAGGGGCCGCGCAAGUCGUCGCGGCGCUGCGUGCGCCAGCGCCCGCCCUACGGCCACCUCGACUCCUCCGACGAGGCCGGGCCGCCCUCCGACACGGAGCACACGCGUGACACGGAGGUCCCCAUGGAGGUGGAGGAGCCCAGCCGACCCCGUCGUGCCCCACUGCAGCCCGUGCUCCAGCUCAAGGCCCGGCGCCGGCCCGAGAAGGAGGUGGAGGGGGGGGCGCCUGCCCCCCCCUGCCCAACGGCUGGUCGGGGAAGGGGCGCCCGGCCGACGGGGUCCAUCGCCUCCGCGUCGACUUCAAGGAGGACUGCGCCCUGGAGAGCGUCCGGCUUGGGGGGGGGGGGGGAGGACUGUGCCCUGGAGAACGUCUGGCUCCUGGGGGGCCUCAGCGUCGUGGCCUCGGUGCCCGUCACCGCCCCCCUGCUCUGCCUGCUCUGCGCCAGCAAGGGCCUGCACCAGACGCCUGGGCCCCUCCUGGACGCCGGGGUCCCCCCGGCCACCUGA